CACAAGCAAAGAAAAAGGUACGGAGAGAGAAUUUGCUGUUUGAUUUUCAUUCUCUCCGAUUCCGGCGAAGAAAAUGGACGACGAAGUUGUGCAGCGAGUUUUUCAGGAAGGCGGCCGCGACUACUUCCCUCAACAGCCCUCCACUUCGUCGUCUUCUUCUAUUCUCCAAUCUCUUCCUCUCCAUGUGUCUUUUGAUCACGGGUAUUAUUUGUUAGUUAAAUCUAUACAAGAACUUAGAGAGAAAAAGGAGGGCCAUGUUGUAGUUGGCAUUGGUGGCCCAAGUGGUUCGGGUAAAACAAGCUUAGCAGAGAAGGUAGCAUCUGUAAUUGGUUGUACUGUCAUAUCAAUGGAGAACUAUCGUAAUGGAAUUGAUGAUGGGAAUGAUUUGGAUUCAAUAGAUUUUGACAUGUUAGUCCAAAAUCUUGAGGAUUUGACACAAGGUAAAGAUACCUCAAUACCAGUGUUUGAUUAUCAACAAAAGAGACGUGUUGGUUUAAAAGCAGUAAAGAGUGCUUCUUCUGGAGUGGUAAUAGUUGAUGGCACCUAUGCAUUGCAUGCAAGGUUGCGCUCUUUGCUUGACAUUCGUGUUGCAGUGGUUGGUGGUGUUCAUUUUAGCCUUCUUUCCAAAGUUCGAUAUGAUAUAGCUGAUUCGCGUUCACUGGAUUAUCUUAUUGAUAGUAUUUUUCCAUUGUUUAGAAAGCAUAUUGAGCCAGACCUUCAUCAUGCACAGAUUAGAAUAAACAACAGCUUUGUCUCAUCAUUUAGAGAAGCAAUAUACAAGCUGAAAUGCAGGAGUGAGCCAGCAGAUGGACACUCUGCACGUUUCCUUCAAGGAAAUGAAGCAGUAAAGGAUAAUUUCAUUGAGAUGUACCUUAGGCCUCCAUCAGCAAAUGAGGAAGCACGGAUAAAUGAUUGGAUUAAGAUGCGGCAAUCUGGCAUUAAAUAUUAUCUCUCACUUGGAGACCAGAGAAUUGUCGACAAAAAUUUCAUUAUCAGGCCUAAAGCUGAAUUUGAGGUUGGAAAGAUGACACUAGGUGGGUUGCUGGCUUUGGGGUACAGUGUUGUGGUCAGUUAUAAAAGAGCAUCUACAACAGUUAGUAUUGGCAAUCUUUCUUUGUCAUUUGAAACAAUUGAUUCCCUUGGAGAGACAUUCUUGGUGCUGAGGGGCACUAAUAGGAAAACAGUUGGAGCUGAAGCAUUAAGAAUGGGAAUCAAUGGACCAUGGCUCACAAAGUCGUAUCUGGAAAUGAUUCUUGAAAGAAAAGGUGUACCACGCCUCAACACCCCACCACCUAUUUCUUCUUCAUCUGUUUCACCACCAAGUAAUCAAGAAAGGGUGAUUGCCGCACCAAAGCCUAUCCGAAUUAGUUCAAACAUUGUGACUCAGCUUGAGGAUUUAUCUCAGCCUUGGACUCGAUCUCCAACAAAGUCGAAAAUGGAACCUGUUUCAGCAACUUGGUGUUUUAUCCCAUCCGAUUCCUGUCAUUCUGAUUCAGUUACAGAUUCUUCCUCUUUCAGGGACACUAUGAAACUUGCCCCAAUGCCUGAUUCAUAUGACUUGGAUAGGGGCUUGCUUCUUGCUAUUCAAGCAAUACAGGCUUUGUUGGAGAACAAAGGUCUCCCUGUAAUUGUUGGAAUUGGUGGUCCUAGUGGGUCUGGAAAAACCAGUUUGGCUCAUAAGAUGGCUAAUAUUGUUGGUUGUGAGGUAGUGUCGCUUGAAAGCUAUUUCAAGUUAAAGGAUUUCAAGUACGAUGACUUCAACUCCAUUGAUUUGAUUUUACUCUCAAAGAAUAUUGAUGACAUAAGGAAUGGUCGAAGGACAAAAGUACCUGUGUUUGAUUUGGAGACUGGUUCACGUAGUGGAUUCAAGGAACUAGAAGUAUCUGAUGACUGUGGUGUUAUAAUUUUUGAAGGGGUUUAUGCUCUGCGUCCUGAAAUACGAAAAUCACUUGACUUGUGGAUUGCUGUUGUUGGAGGUGUUCACUCACAUCUAAUUUCUCGAGUUCAGAGGGAUAAGAGUAGGGUGGGGUCUUUUAUGUCGCAAAAUGAGAUCAUGAUGACAGUGUUUCCUAUGUUCCAGCAGUACAUUGAACCACAUCUUGUUCAUGCACAUCUCAAAAUUCGGAAUGACUUUGAUCCGGUUCUUUCUCCAGAGAGUUCGCUAUUUGUUUUAAAGAGUAACAAGCAAGUGGCUCACCAAGAUAUUAUAAACAUCCUUGAUCCUGCAAAGUUCUGCAGUUCUGUUCAGAAUUUCAUUGAUAUGUAUUUAAGGCUUCCUGGGAUUCCUACUAAUGGGCAGUUGUCAGAGAGUGACUGCAUACGUGUUAGAAUAUGUGAAGGCAGGUUUGCGUUGCUGAUACGUGAGCCUAUAAGGGAAGGGAAUUUCAUCAUUCAACCCAAAGUGGAUUUUGACAUCAGCGUUAACACAGUCGCUGGCCUUCUUAACCUUGGGUAUCAAGCUGUGGCUUAUAUCGAAGCAUCUGCACUCAUAUACCAAGAUGGGAAGAUUCUUAUUGAGGUUGAUCACCUACAAGAUGUGCCCAGCCCUUACUUGCAGAUUAAAGGGAUUAAUAAGGAAUCUGUGGCAGCUGCUGGUUCAACCCUGAAUCUGGAUGGUUCAUACACUACCAAGGUUUUUCCCCUUUUUCUUUUACCUGGGGGGUUUGGGGAAAGGAGAUAUGGGUGCAAUUACAAUGGCCUGAGUUGAACUCAGGACUUAUUAAGUCAUCAAGCUCUUAGGCUUGGGACAUGAACUAUUGAACCAUAACUGCUGGUUCACUUCCCAGGUUUUGCUUAAUUUUGUACUCAGAAGAUGACUAUAUUGUUCAUUCUCAAUACCAACUAUUAUGUAGCUUAAUGUGAUUGGUUUUUUCCCCCCCUCCUAGAGUUAUCUUGAAAUAGUUGUUGAGCGAUUACCACUGGUGGAAAGAAGUUACAGUGAAAUUCAACUGCACCAAGCUGCAAGGUUGCAGGGACUUGUGGAAUAUAUACAAUCUCAGGGUAGCAGUACUACCUCGGAAUCCUCACCUAGCAGGGAUGCUGCUCCACUAGAAGGCAUAAUAGAAGAGAUGCAAUGUAGGAUUAGAAGGCUUGAACGCUGGCAUACUAUCAACACGGUACUCUGGACGUUCAUGAUGUCUGCCCUUGUCGGGUAUUCACUUUACCAAAGAAGGCGCCAAUAGCUUGAAAGAAGAUUUACUCGUCCCAUGACAGGUUCCCAUGGAAUCCCCAUUGUGGCUUCCAGAAUAUUUGGGUCUUAACAAAAUUUUUAAGAAAAGUUUUAUCAUUGAAAUCAACUGGAAAAACAGCAAUCUCAAUGUACAAAGCCUAUUGUUUAACCCCGCCCUCCAUUUUGUAAUUACUUUCUUAUGGAGGAAACAAGAAUAUAAUUCAAUAGAUGCUGU